CCCAAAGGAUGAACCAGCAGUGGAAGAAAAAUGCUGCCAGCUAGCUGACUGCUGUUGAAGAUGAUGCUUUGUCUUUGUGGGGGUCACCUGUGGGAUCUGCAACAGAAAUGAUGGCUGGGUGUGGUGAAAUCGAUCACUCGAUAAACAUGCUUCCUACGAACAGGAAAGCAAAUGAGUCCUGUUCUAACACCACACCUUCUCUGACCGUUCCUGAAUGUGCCAUUUGUCUGCAAACAUGUGUUCACCCAGUCAGUCUGCCCUGUAAGCAUGUUUUCUGCUAUCUGUGUGUAAAGGGAGCGUCAUGGCUUGGAAAGCGAUGUGCCCUUUGUCGACAAGAAAUUCCUGAGGAUUUUCUUGACAAGCCAACCUUGUUGUCACCAGAAGAACUCAAGGCAGCGAGCAGAGGGAAUGGCGAAUAUGCCUGGUAUUAUGAAGGAAGAAAUGGGUGGUGGCAGUAUGAUGAGCGCACUAGUCGAGAGCUGGAAGAUGCUUUUUCCAAAGGUAAAAAGAACACUGAAAUGUUAAUUGCUGGGUUUCUGUAUGUUGCUGAUCUUGAAAAUAUGGUUCAAUAUAGGAGAAAUGAACAUGGACGUCGCAGGAAGAUUAAGCGAGAUAUAAUAGAUAUACCAAAGAAGGGAGUAGCUGGACUCAGGCUAGACUGUGAUAUAAAUUCUGUAAACCUAGCAAGAGAGAGCUCUGCUGAUGGUGCGGACAGCAUGUCAGCACAGAGUGGAGCAUCUGUCCAGCCUCCAGUGUCAUCUGCUGUGAGGCCUCUGACAUCAGUGGAUGGGCAGUUGACCAGCCCUGCCACACCAUCCCCUGAUGCAGGAGGCACUUCUCUGGAAGACUCUUUCACUCAUUUGCAACUCAGUGGAGACGGCAUAAAUGAGAGGAGUCACAGGGGAGAAGGAGAAGAAGACCAUGAAUCCCUGUCUUCGGGCAGGGUGCCAGACACCUCCAUUGAAGAAAUGGAAUCAGAUGCCAGUAGUGAUAGUGAGGAUGUAUCUGCAGUUAUCGCACAGCAUUCCUUGACCCAACAGAGACUAUUGGUGCCGAAUGCAAACCAGACAGUAGCUGAUCGAUCAGGAACUGACCGGUCAGUAGCAGGGGGUGGAACAGUGAGUGUCAGGUCCAGACGACCUGAUGGACAGUGCACAGUAACUGAAGUUUAAAUAGAUGUCUUCAGCUCCGUGCCCAGGGUUGGAUGGUUAUCUGUAAAUUCCUGCCCACAUAACAUUAUACUCAUGCCCAGUAGAGCAUUUUGGGAGAUGGGUGGGAAUGGGUCUGGGAAGGAUAAAUCUGAAAAACUAAAUGUCUAACAUGUCUCUGUUGAGAAAUAAUUAUUUAAUGUAAGGAACUUGGGUGUUAAUAGUUGAGACCUGUUCAGUAAUAACCCAGUUUUCUUGACAUCUGUUUUCUUUAUAGUUAAAAAAUUUAUUUAGUUCUUUUGGCCAGUGUGUGUAGAUUAUCUGUGCAUUAAUGGUCCUCACUUGACUGGCAUUGUUAUUUUUCUGCAUGGAUUGACAAAAGUAUUACUAAAAUUUGGCACCUGUGAGAUGUUGGUAUCAUUAUGAACAGGAAGCUUAACGUAAUGUGGACAUAGAUGUGAAUUUGGUUUAAAAAAUAGAUGAGUAACACCAAUUUUAUAGUAAAGUUAUUGAAAUGGAAAAGUAAAGAAAACAGCUAAUAACUUUUGAUUCAGAAUCUUUGUAGCACACUUCAUGGCGUUUCCUCCCAUAAGCUUUGCUGUUUAGCCCUUGUAGUCUGAGGUUUCUCUUGUCUGCAUUUUUCUUUUUGAUUAAAAAAUUUAUAAUUUAAUAAAUAGUUUAUCAAAAACAACUGUCUUUGGUUUGAGUCUGAAAGAGGGGUGGAAAUAUUCUGAUUGUUGAGAUCAAAGGUCAUUUAAAAGGUUAAGGUUUGAAUUGACCAGCAGUCACCUGCUCAGCUUGAUUUCUUCAUAGAGAAUUCUUAAACAGUAUCUGCAGUGUGUGUGGAAUAAAUAUGGUAAUGAACCUGAACAGC